AGCGAUAAACCGAUAUUUAGUCGAAGGCAGCGUCAAGCCCUCCUCGCUUUGACCGUUUCAGAGACGCGGCUAACUUAGCCAGCCGAAGCUAACGUUGCUAACGCCAGCGCCUCGAAAUGUGUUGACGACUGAUUUAUUCGGGAUACUCAACAGAAUACGUGGCCUUUGUUUCCGCUUUUGUUUACCAACGACGUGCCGGUGAUGCACGACACACCUGCGCUCCCGUUUCAUUACGGCUGUACAGGCGUGCUGAGUCCGCAUCAGAUGGCGCACAGUUUGUUUUACGGAGUCGAAAAUCCGGGUCCAAGGUCUCUUUCAGCAGAAGAAUGCAGAAAAUUGCUUCUGGAUAGGUCUGUGUUUGAGUUGGUGAAAACUCACCAAUUCCUGGAGUUGACUGACCCAAAGCUGCUGGGCUGGUACCUCUCUCUGCCUGUGGAGGACAGGAAGUUGAUCCAAGAUGAAGGAGGAUUUCACGAAUUUCUGAAAAAUCAUCCUUUCCUAGAAGUGUCCCGGCAUCAUGUUUAUGUCAGGUAUGACAGGGCAAGCGAUGCUCGUUCCCAGAUGUUAAUGUCAACCUUCAUAAAUGUAUGCAGAAGGCCUACAUUUUAUGGUGUGACUGUGUGUGGUAGUUGUCGAAUCAGCUGUCCACCGGGAGCAAACUGGUGUAGAUACUGUUACACACCCAUUCAGCAGCAGCUGUUAUACCCUCAAGCAAAUUCUCAGAAAGAGCUCCAACAGCCAGGAGACCAUCGUCCCACCAACCAGUUUGUGAGGCAGCAGGACAGUGUCCAGAGAGCCCACAACAGCAGCUGCAUCACAGAGGAACCAAGCCAAAAGAAGGGCCCGCUGUCGUCCCCAAUGUGGAAAGAAAGACCAGCGUGUCCGGACAGCAGGGGUAGUAGCAGUGUGCCAGUGUGCAAGGAUCGAGCAGCACAGAACAGCUUGUUUGUGGACAUGGAGUUGGAGAGACACUGGCAGAAGGGAGAGUCCUCGGAGUCAAGGAGCCAGUCUGCAGUCACACAGGGCCAGAGCAGUUACUGCAACUACAGUCAAACCAGUCACCUUUGUUCAGAAUGGUCAGCUACAGAACAGGGGCCUCCUUCUGAGUACUACAGCUUUGACAGUACCCAAAUAGAGUGGGGUGAUGCAAGCAUUAAGCAAUCAGUGAAGCCAGAGCAGGAGGACUCCCUGUCAGUCACCAGGGGGAGUUCAGAGCUGCCGAGCACUGAGGAGACUCCUGGCCGAGCUGAGGGCACUGAGGACAGCGAUCAUGAUUACCCAUGCGGCUGUGCUAACUUGACCUACAGUGUGCAUGACUGCUCUGCUAACACAGCCAGCGGAUAUGAGGCUAGCUCCAGGAGUGAGGAACAGAGCGAAACCUUCCACAGCAUCAUGGAGGAUGAUAUGAGCAUCCUCGUGUAUAAAAUCACUGACAGUCCAGGUGGCACUGGGGUCACAUCUGACAGCAGUGAGUCUGGUUUGGCUGAGCAGUCGCCAAUCAAGAUUAGUACUGCAGACAAGUCCACUUCAACCCACACCAGUACCUGUGAUGCUUGUGUUGGCACUGAGCAAAAUACGGCACUAUGCAUCUCAGCUGCCACCCAAACCAAGGGUCUGCUCACAGCUGACAAGCAUGUCAUUACUGAGGUCCACAUGGCAGACCUGGAUUAUCUGACUGAGGAAUUUAUCAAACUGAAGGCAGCUCAAGAGGAACUGAAAAAGCUGAAAGAAAAAAUGUCAAGCUCAGGUAGCACAGUGAAGAAGGAUUGUGGUGCUAAGGGAGGUUGCGAUUGUGCCCAGCGUGCCCAGCAAGCAGAGUGGAGCCUGUUGACUCUGCAAUAUAACAUGUGCAAGCAGCACUGCUGGAGACUCUACUGUACCUCAGCUGAAGGAGAAUGGCUCAACUUAAUGCAAGGAGACAUGAAUCAGUAUCAAUCAGAGGGCACUCCUGCAAACCUUGUGGGAGUCCUGCAAAGACUGGAGUCUGACUACAAUGAGAUGAGUGAUAAAAUCCUGGCAGGGGUUCCUCUGGACCAGCUCAAACCUCUGUCUGUUGACUCCCUAAAGUUGACCACAGAGACCCAAUACAUCCCUGCACAGAUGAUCGGUGAUGUACUGGCGAAAGUUCCAACUGGGAGCUCCCAGCAGCCCCACAGACAAGAUAAUAAAGUAGAUGGAGGAAAUGGUGGCCCUUGUGGUCAAACCGGCAAGAGCUCUAAGAAGCAUCAGAGACGAGAAGACCCAGCUCUCCAGUCCAGGGUUGUCUGCAGAAAACCGUUGAAAACUGUUUCUCUUGUCCUCCAGGAGAGUGCAGCUGCAUGUGAAGAGCUGAACCAUAGCGAGGCAUGGCACGAUGCUCUUGAGGAACUGGAGCCUGCAGAAGCAGCAGUAGUUGCUGAGACGAGAGAGGUCUCAACAGUGAUGAAAAAAGAGAUGAAACAUGUCACAGAAUCAGCCAGGGAGGUGGAGAAUACCAAGAGUUCAUUCCUCUGUGUCACUGAUCUACCAAGUACUGUGACAGAGGGUGAUGUGAUGCUGUUGUUUGAGAAGUACCAUGCUUCUGAAGUCAGUAUCUCUGCUUUCAGCAAUGGCAUGAGAGUUGCCGUAGUGACCAUAAGUGGCCCCCAGUCAGCUGAGGCCGCAGUGAGAGAGCUGAAUGGCUGCAGCGUGCAGGGCCAUGCUUUACAUGUGGAGCACAUCAGCAGACCCAGGACAGGGAGCCAGAGCCAGGCCCUACAGCAGGCACCUUCCUCCACCAGCAGGCCGGGGUCCUCAGAGGACGACCUGAAGCCCCAGACCUCCAAAACUAGCUCCAGAAACACUGCAGUAAAGCUGCUGCCCCAGCAGCGGCUCCACCUCAGCAUCGAAAAGCGUAAGGUGGUGUCCGUCUUGCCCACAGCAAAGGGGACUUGUGUGCCCCAACAUUACGCCACCAUGGGCGGUUUUGAUACUCUGAUGGCAGAGUUGACACAGCGCCACCCAGAUGUUGGGAGACAGAGGAUUGUGGAUGCCCUGCUGGAGCUGAAAUCCAGGCACAAGGGCGCCCUGAAUGGCCUGCCACUCAGGACCAUCAUGAAGAGGACAUCCGAACUCCUGACGAAGCCCAGGAGCACCACGACACCCUGAGGAGGCACUGCUAGGUGUGUGUAACUUUUUGUUGUUUUCAGGGAAUUGUUUUGAGUUCAUUGUCAAAAUAGCACAAAAAGCUUCAAAGGUGCUGCUAGUUGAAUGUUUCAAGAAGAGAGAAAACAUUUUAUUUGAAAGGAUUUUCACUUAAGGUUUAGUUGGUUUAAUACCUAGAAAAAAAUGUUUUUCAGUUAUUUUUUCGUUGAGAACAGUAUUUGCAUAUUCAGAGGUUCCUUUUUCUGUAUUUCAGGAUUGAGAUUUUCAUUUAAUACCACUUGUACAGUUAUGAAUGAGGCAGCCAAUUAAACAAGUAAAAAUACAUUUAUACAAAUAUAUUAUGUUCUUUAAGUUGCAACUCACAAAUCUAAAGUGUGUUUGUCAACUGGAAUUGCAGCUGUUUGAUUUGCUUCUGUGUCUGCUGUACUAUAAGUAAAAAGAUUUACUUGG